AGCUCGAGUCGAUUCAAGAAGGUCGAUCGGUUGCAUCGUUACCCUUGCUACACUCUACAAAGCUACAAAGUUAUAUUCAUAGUCCUGACAUCAACAUCGUUGCAUCUUAACGCACAAAUCCCUACACAUCACAUCACACGCACACCCAACAAUCACAGCAUGUUCUCCCUCCGUCUCCGAACUCCCAUCACCGCCCAGGCUUCGGCCCUGAGGACCCGAUCGAUCCACGUCUCGGCUCUCCGUUCGUUCCCCGAACGAUCGCAAAUGGCCGGAGGUGACGCUGCCAAGCUGGAAAACGAGAAGCAAAAGAACUUGGCCGACCAGCAGGACCCGUCUCCCCUCAAGGACGCUCCUAGGUGGAACGAGGCUUUAGCUUCGGAAUCCGAGGCCGUCGUCAAGGCCGAUACCUCCGCAAAGAAGACCGACCCCAAGGACUUGCAGGGCGAGACGGUCGAGCACGUCAAGAAGGUCCACGGACACUAGGUUGGACGUUCGCAGCGGGGCAGAUUUGAAGUCGAAGCUGGAGGUGGAUGAUGGGUAAUCAAAUGGACUUGUAUAAUAGUGAACCGAAAGUACCAGAAAAUGGGUCAAAUUUGAGUUGUUAACUCGGAAACCAGCUCCAAGAUGCAUUUCCGACAAUUCCGGUCACGACGUGCCGUAUCUUUGCAGCCAUACACCUAGAAUCCUGGGUCGAGGGUCAGUUUCAC